AUGUGUUUGAUUCUGCAUGCAACUGUUCUUUUGGCACUUGGCAUGAAUGUGCUUCCAUGUGUAAAUAAGUCAAGUAAAAACGCCACUGUUGGAGAAGCCGUACUCCUAGACCCAGACUGCACAGACUGUAAUGCAUCUUCAGUUGAAUGGAAAUUUUCUUCAAACUUGAUGAGCAGCUGCAUUUCUUCUUAUAUUGCAAUUGAAGAGCCAAUUUCUAAAACUAUUUUUGGCGUAUUUAAGGGUAAAGUGAGCAUUCUAAACAAAGGACUUCAUUUAAGGCUUUCAUCUGUUCGUUUCAACAACACAGGGGACUACACCAGAAUUCUUACAACAAGGAAUGGAAUGGAGCACUGUGUUACCAUAACAGUCAAUGUACAUGAAGAUUCCAAAAAAGCAGAAACUUUUGAGGUAAACCAGAAAAAAACAGAAGACAAUAACAUGAUAACAACAAUAUGCACCUCAGUAUCAAUCAUGGGAGUCAUUUUAGGAUUAACAAUAAUACUACUUUGGAUUAAAAGAAAAUCAGUUGGAAGAAGAGUAUCAUCAGCAAAUAGAUUUUCACUCUCAACCAUGUCUAAGGAAGAUCCAGUUUAUGGCAAUUUGAAUCACCGAAGAUAUAUCUGAAAAGAAGAACUGAGAAGAUACCACAAUGUCCCAGGUGAUUCCGCUUAUCAGAAGUGUCAAAUAACAAGGACAUACAUAAAGAGAAUACUCUGUAGACUGAACUUGCUGUCUGAUGAAAUGCUCAGAUCUGUCUAUCUCCACAAUAAUGUUUGGAACCUUCCCUAGCUGCAAGUUUACAUCACGGCUGAAUUUCAUUUAAGCAACUUGCUGUGAACCACUAAAUUUAUUAAACAUUUGCUCAUGUUUUGUUUCAAGAAGAGACCAGAAUUUUCAGAAAUCAUCUGUUUCAACCACAGUAAUGAUGGUUGCCUAAAACAAACUACUCAAUGAAAAAAAUUAUGUCCAUUGAAUUCAGUACAUGCUCUAAUCCAUUACUGUGUAAAUUGACUGAAAUCACUGUAAAAUGUUAUGUUUAAGGGCUGGUUUAUUUCCAAGUUCCUGCCUGGCUGGAUAUGAUUCUUGGUCUGCACUUUGCUUUCUGGCACUUUCUAAAACCAUUAAAUAUCUGGGCAGGGGGUUCAAACCCUAUAUCGCUUAUCAAAUAACUUGAGUAUCUAUUUCAACUUCAAAGGGGAAUUGGGGAAAUAGGGGCCAAAGGAAUAUUAAGCCACCUUAUCAGUGAAACAUAAAACCUGGAGAUCUUAAUGGACAAGCCCUCUUCAACCAUUCCAGCUCCAAUUUCCACCCAUAUGUGGAGGGGACUGUUAAUUCCCAACCAGAGAUGUUGCCUGCCAUGCUGAUUUCUUCUAGCAUUUUGUGUAUUUUGCUCAUGAUUUCCAACAUCUUCAUGAUCUCUUGUGUUUUGGAAUUACUACUGUACUGCUGGGUGAGUGUCAAUAUUUAUGGACGGGCAAAACAAUUCUGGUGCCAACAGAGGAGAUGAAAGGUUUUACCUGAUUAUAACUCAAAUACAUUUUUUAAGGUGUAAGUGAAAGUUCACCUGCAUUAAGUUAGUAAAUAAAGUGUGGAUUGAGAAAAAUAAAUUUAAAGUUUUAACUAAUACAUUCACUAUUAUAACACAUUCCCUUUGCCUUGUUCUUCACUUUGAAUUAAGAGUUACUGGUAGUUUUUAAAAAAUGAAGCUUUAACAAAAUUGUAUUCCAUUUCACAAAAUUCACCAUUGAACUUAUUUUGUCUGCAUUUAAAAAUGCUCUAACUUGUUUGUAGAAAAAGUCCUUCAGAAGACCAAAUCUGCCUUUUUUACUUUGACUUAAAUGUGAAUCUAGAUACACAGCCCUGUGGUUAAUUUGAAUGCACCUUCUGACAUGCCCAGCAAACAAGCUGUUUCAUAGCCACAAUAUUAAAACAGAAUGCAGAUAAAACCAGAUGGAGCACCUGACAUGAACCUUGGCACUAAAUUCAGACCCCACACAGACACUUCUAAACCAGUCAGUCUUGUAAAUUUCUUCUUCACAAAACACAAAAGAUUCUGAAGAUGCUGAAAGUCUUAGGUCAAAAUAUUGACUGUUUAUUACCCUCCAAAGAUACUGCAUGAUUUGCUGAGUUCCUCCAGCAUUUUACGUGUCUUUCUCUUCAAAAAGUCCUGGAGUGUGACGUCUAACUUGGAGAUCUGUCCCACCAACUACUUUCACAUAUGUUAUAGAUCACAGCCUGCAACAAGUCUACAUAGCCAUUUCCUUCAGAUGUUGCUAGACUCCUCCAUCACAACCUAUGGACAGGCAACAUCCCACCAAUAGGCUGUGCACUUAACCUCCAAACAGUUGCUUGCAGAAUCCCACAUUGGCAUCCCAAACUUACAGUCACAGAAUAUUUCAAAUCUCAUUCCCAGAGUGACCUUCCCAUCAUUGGCACUUAACUACUGCCAGGAUGAAGCCCAAGGCAUACUGGAGGAGCAACACUUUAUAUUACCCCUAUAAUCCUAAAGCAAGAAUAUUGAGUUUAGGUAAAUCGUACCCAUACUUGUUCCUACCCCCCACAUCAUCAACACCCCCCCCCAAUCUCCUUCUGGUAUUUUGGUCAUCACAUUUUUGUCCCUUCCCAUCUCCCCCAGCUGCCUGCAUCCAUUUGUCCUAUUCUCCCGCACUCCUGGCUCAAUCCACCCAUUUCACACACAGGUUCCUCUCAACCUAGUUCCAAUCUCAUCACCCCUCUCAUCUUCUCUGGUGGUUCUUUCUCACCAACAGAACCCAGCUCCAAUAGCACCAUGUGUUCCUGCUGGUAUCCCUUCAGAAGCUGUGUCCCAUCUUCACAUCACUCUACUUUACUCAGAACCAGAAUCAGGUUUAUUAUAAAGACAAGAGAUUCUGCAGAUGCUGGAAAUCCAGAAUGCCACACACAAGAUGCUGGUGGAACUCAGCAGGCCAUGCAGCAGACUUGAGAGGACUAAACAGUUGAUGUUGUUAUCCACCUAUAUGGACUACAUAAUCCCUACCCCCAACAAUGACCUUUCCCCUCACCUGGCUUCACCUAUCACCUAUCACCUGCCAGCUUUUUCUCCUUCCCUCCCCCCACCUCCCUGUUCUGGCUUCUUCCCCAUUCCUUUCCAGUCCUGAUGAACGGUCUGAGACUGAGACAUUGAAUAAUUAUUCCUCUCCAUAGAUGCUGUCUGAUUUGCUGUGUUCCUCCAGCAUUGUGUGUGGGUCUCUCAGGUUUAUUAUCACUGACCUUGCAAUACAUAAUUUUUUCUAUAAGUUACAACAUGAAAUAUGUAAACAAAUAAAUAAAUAUUUCAAAAAGACUGUUCACCGGUUAAUGGACUGAUUAGAAAUCUGAUGGUGGAGGGAAGGGACUGUUCAUAAAAUGUUGAAUAUAUUUCAGGUUCCAGUACCUACUCCUCGAUGGUGGUCAUGAGAAGAACAUAUGUCCUAAAUGGAGAGAAACCUCAGUGAUGGAUGCUGCCUUCUUCAGGCACCACCCUUCAAAGAUGCCCUCGAUGCUGUGGUGCUUGUGCUCUUGACAGAGUUGGCUGACAAAUCUCGGCAGCAUUUUUCGAUCCUGUGCUUUGGAGCCUCCAUACCACACAGUGAUGCACACACA